AUGAAAUUUAUGCUAGCCAAAGCUCGUGAAAUCAAUCGCCUGCAUACUGCUCGUAUGAUCGCCCAUUGCUUAGAAUUGUGUUAUUUGCAAGUCGAAGCAGCUUCUAAUAAUCACGUCGAGCGUGGAUCUGAAGGUCUCCAGACAGUCAAGGAACUUGCUAGACGUUUAAAUCUCAGCUUUGGUCUUGAUCUGCUCAAAAUUCGAAAAGCUAUGGUUGCUUUCCAUGCUAGAGGAAUCCACUUUUGUUUAUCUCGAGUCGCUUCCGCCGCAUCUGCAGACGGUCAGUCCUCCGGUGUACCAAGCAACUUAUUGUUUCUUGAGGUGCUUUCUGAGUUCUCAAACAAACUUAUCAGACACGAUAAAAAACUCAUAUGUGAAUAUGUCCGCCUGAUUUUUCCAAAUCCUGUCGGCAGUGAAUUAGCCAGUUUACAUGCCUAUCGAUCCAGUCUUGAUCCUGAUGCUACGGAUACUAAUCCUGGACACGAUGGGUCUAGCCAAAUUACGAAUCCACUAAUUGUUGGCCAAAUUAAUUCUCUCUUGACACAAGGUCGAGGGAAACGUCUUCGGGGUGCUGACUUCUCUCGUCCCGGUAUCAUCACAAAUCUGAACUCACAGUCAUUGAACACGGUCAUCAAACGAAGACGUGUUAAUUUUAAAUUGAAUCUUAAAAACAUCUCUGGAAAUCUGUCUAAAGUAACUAGUGCCGGUCCUUCCAGUUCUCCACCAUCUGCAGAAAUGUCUUUUGGUGUAGACUGUGCAUCUCUCUGCAAUCCGUGCACGUCGAUUACAACUCUAACUCCAGCUGUUCAUUCAUCUCAUCAGUGA